CUUCAUGCAAUUCUGAUGGGCAGUUGUGUGAGAGUAGGCUGUCUUAGACCUUGACUUUUUACGAGGAUGGGCGGCCCAGUGGCAGAAGCCAAGGCUGCUGGGCCGAAAUCGGUCAUAAAGAAGUCCUCUAUGAAAAAGCAGCCGAAUGAUGGAAAAAAAACUACUUCCUCUUCCUCGUCGUCUUCCUCAUCUGCUGCUCCUGUUGUCUCUUCUUUUGCGAUUGGAACUACCUCUACCACUUCGUCCGUUGGACAUCAUCUGGCUCUAGAGGUACUGAAAUUUUCUAAAAAUUUUACUGAAAUUCGCUCUAAUUUGUUACUCUAAUUUGUUACUCUAAUUCUGCAUGCUAAUUUGGUACUUCUAAUUCGACGCUUUUCCUUCGAUAUUGGCACUGAAAAAUUACUCUAAAAAUCGCUCUAAUUCGUUAUUCUAAUUCUUUUCUUAUCGCGUGAAUUUCUUCUAAAAAUCACUCUAAUUUAGUGCUCUAAUUUGUAUUCUAAUUCUUCAUACUAGGUUUUGUGUGUCAUUUGGGUGGUGUGAAUUAGAGUCGCAAUUAGAGUGGUAAAUUAGAGCGAUUUUUAGUAAGUUUUCUGAAGUGCACAGAACUCAACUAGAGUGUUGAAUUAGCAACUUUUUUAAGGAGGUUCCCCACGUGCGUUUCCGGAGUGGUCGGGCAGUGGGUCGCUGGCUUGGCGUGGCCCGAAGGUUCGUUGGGAUUCGGUUCAGGGGUGAUGGUCGUCUCCAGCCAGGGCAGGUGGAGAGUGUGUCCUUCAAGUUCUGGCUGGCAAGUCUUUGUUUGGUGGCUUCGCCGCACGCGGAGUUCUCCCUGUGUUGCCCAUUGGGUCGGGGUGUGAGGUGGCCAUGUUGAUGACUGUCCACGCGAAGUUGUUGUUGUUCGGCGGCGGGCGGGCGGGGUUGCUCAUCUUGUGUCGAGCUUGAUUGCGACCCGCUCUUCCCAGUUUUUGCGCGCUAGUGCCCGCUUCGGACCCGACCACUCACGUAAGGCGCAUGUGUGGGACUCUGUGUUUACGCCAGUAGGCCUUUCUUCUUUUCAGCGUGUGCGUCUCAUAAUAAUACUCUUUACUCCUCUCUUCCAGGUUUCUGCGGUGACGCAGCCGCCGCCUCCUAAACCAAAGCGUGGGGCCCGAAAGAGGAAGCUGACCCGACAGGACUCCGAGUGGUAUGAGUCAGAGGAGGCGGCCAAGCAAGCUGCGGAGAGUGUCACCUCUUACAACCGGAACAGCUGGAAGCUCUCCCAGAAAAUCCUUGACGCCAAGUGUUUUCCUGGUGGUCGAACUGCUGGCGAGUUCAUGGCCCAGACGUUCAUGAAGGAUGGCCGUGACCGCAAGCCUAGCCGUAAGGAUUCUAAGGGUGGCAAGUGCCUCAAGUUCCAGCCAGAGGAGUGGAAAAUAGUCAAGUCGCAUCUAGAUGAAGCCUUUCGCCAUACUGUGCAAGGAGUUGCGAACCAGGUGCGGGAGUCUCUUGCUCAGAUCUUCGCUGUUAGCAAGACAAUCGAUGCGAAGGCGGAGGCCUUGAAGCCGUGGAUGCAUAGCCAUGCUACUGCUUUACGGGUGGAAUGGCGGAAGAGUAGUGGCAUCAGUGACGCCCUUGCUUCCACUGAAGAUGAGCUUGGUGGUCUUGGUGGGGCGAAAGAAGAUCAUCGCGCGGCUUCUUCUAGUAGUGUCAGUCAGCAAGGCCUGCCGGGCACAUCCAAAGGAGAGAACGCUGCCGAAGCCGGCGCUUCGGUGGCAACAACUGAACUAGCGGAAGGUCUUUCAUCUAGUAGUACUAGUGCUGCAGAUGUGAGCAGUGAGCAGCUGGCUCCGGGAACAGAUUCAGCUUCUGCAAACGCUGGCGCGAAAACUCUAGAUGAUGGCGUGGGGGGUUCCACUGCGAUGGAUGUAGAUGAGCCGGACACCACAGGUCCACCGGGCCAGGCAAAACAACAAACUUCUUCUUCGUCCAAUGGGAACCAUUUCGAAAAAGGUGGUGAAGACGGCAACUGCUCCGAUGAUUCUUGUCUGGGCUUCAAGCCUGCGAGCACCGCAACCACUGGUGGCGCGCAGCCCAGCUGCGAGGACAGCGACGACGACUUCCUCAACUAUGUCCCACCAACAGCAACAUUCGCAAAUGAGCAGGCGCUGCGGCGUGCCAUUGAUGGCGAAAAUUCGGAAGCCGUUUUUGAUGACUUUGCGCCUCCGUUGACGCUUGAAGAGGUUGGGGAUCAUACCAGUGGAGUUAUUGCUGUUGUAUCCAAGGGCGACAAGAAUCUACACAGUAUCGAUCUCUUGAAGGCUGCCAAGCAAGUCGUUGCGGCGGGAUUAGGUAUUUUCGUUUUUUGUGUAGAGUUUGAUGCUUUCUGAUUUAGCUACUCGAGGGCCGCUCACGUAUAUGCGCCUCGGGUGGCUUUUAUCUACAUAUUUGGCACUGGCUGACAAAGUGCGCAGCUUUCUUGUUCUAGAUUGACCUUCCUUGGGAUGUUUUUGUCAUACGAUAGCAAGUUUUGAAAAUUUGUUAUCUUAUGACAAUCAGCUAUCUUCUCACCAGAUGCUUUCCCGACUGGUCCCCGGCGCGUUCCAUAUGAGAAGGUUAAGAGUAUGGGCGCAACGAUGUUGAAGAAUCGCUACAAGACGUUGGGAAUAGGCGGCCCGAAAUUUUGUAGCAAGUAUAGUUUACGUUAUUCUUUCACUUAUUGUCCUUGGCUGGGCCCACAAAGAUGUGGCUUCUUGGCAGUGGGUCUUGCCUUUUCCCAGUGGUGUAAUAUAAAGUUGAGCUCCGACUUGAUGUCCGUGGUGCUAGGCCCUGAUGCAAAAAAUUCAUGAUCUUCCAUCUGAUUAGUUUCCUUCUUUCCCAUCUACUUACCGUUUCGCUAAAGUGCCUCGCUUCCUUUUCCGUUGUGAUUUUCUCUCACGCCUAAUCUCUACCAGGUUUCACGAUUCGAUCUUGACGUUUGCGCCGAACCUUGCGCGGGUGCACGAAAUUAUUAGUGCCGGCACAACGGAUGAGGUUUUGCGAGUUCCAGAUGACGACGCGGACGAGUGCGUCGCUCUCAUUGCGCACGCUGAGGUGCCCUGCUAUGACGGUGUUCGCAAGGGGUUGGAGGCAAAGCGGAAGUUCAUCGAGAUGCCGCGUCGUGUUACGCAGGUACCAUUGCCAUAUCUUAUCUUAUUCCAUUACCUUGACCAGAUGCCUCAUGUUGUUUCCUCGUCCUCGCUCAUCGAAACGCGAUCGAUUUUGUCAAUAACGCAAAAGGUACUCUGCAGCGACGCGGGCCUUCUCCUUCUUGGUGGGGACGAGGAUCCAUUUGAGACCAAAGGGCGCACAGCUCAGCAGUCGGCAGAGCUAGAUGCGCUUGUCGUGGAGGCUGAGCAUCUUGGUGUUGUAGAUGAUCGCUAUGAGGCAGUUGCGAUGCGGCUCAGCGUGGUGGCGUCCUUCGAGUUGGAUUUUUUUGAGUGCAAAGUUGUCAAAAUGAGGAUGCCCUCCAGCUGUGCCGGCAGUGUCUCACUACAUGGAAAGUUCUGCCAGGCACGCGAGGACGUUUGCCGGAAUAUCGAGAAGGAGCUGAGCACACCGUGCACCUUUUAUGACUGGAUACAGCCCCCGUGUGGUUGUUAUUUAAUUUUAGUAGCUUCUGUGACGCCAUAGGGAAGGCCUAGUGUGUUAUUUACUUUGACUUGAUUGAUAGACCCCACCACUUCACUCCCCUCCCCCCCACCUUCAUAAAAAGUACGAGCUUUCGGUGGUUUUGGCAAAGGUCAUCCCAGGCGAGCUGCGUUGGGAAUUGCGGCGUGUAGUGCGCUCUGUAGAAGCUCAAGAUCAAGCGCUGCGGGAGAAGCUUCUUGUGGCUGCUGAAACCGGAGAGGAUGUGCUGGCGUUCCCGGAUUGGAUAACCGGUGGACCGCAUGGCAAGUGUAUGCGUACUAUGUCGGAGCUUGAGAGCAUCACUUGGGCCACGCGGGUAGAGAGGUACACUGCUGGAAAGCAGUCAGAGGACAGUCUCCUGCGACCUUUUUACGUCUGGUGUGAGAAGAGGAUGGUCCGCAAUGGUCUGAAUGCAAACAAGAUCAGCGCCUAUGUCGCCAAGCUUGUGGAACUUAAGCCGCACAUGGAAAAUGACCCAAGAAGUACUAUGAGAGUUUUUUAGGCAUUGCCAUAGGCUACCUAUUCCUGGCGGUUGGCAAAGUGGUGGCUUGUGAGUACGGGUGUUGUAGUGGGGUUUCUAUGGUAGUCCCAUUCUUUAGGCACUUUUUUUUUAUCGGGAGCUCAUAUAUAGUUUAACUGUUGUCCGACUGAUUUCCCACUCCGAUCAAUUUCGCGAGUCUUUGCCUUAUCUCUCACCAUCAGCACCCCUCUUCAGCCCGCGAGCACGUUGGCAAGGUACUCGAAAAGUUGAAGCGGGUGCAAAUGCACAUGACGAGUGAGCAGCACACAGCAUGCAGGACUAUGUCGCGUGCGCUCGCCGACGCCGAGCAUGGUUUGGCGGAGCUGAACAAGCGCCAGCAGGAGAAACUGGCUGGCCUGAGAGGUUUUGUGGGAGGUAGCUAGACUGCAGGGUCAGUCUAGCACGACAAGAAAGGGCUCGAGGGUCCUCAGCAUUGUCCUGCAAGUGUCUUGCAGUGGCGAUCCAAAUUUUCUAUAUUUCACUUCGUAUCUUCGCUCGGUGCAGCGACACCUUGCGAAAAUGAGUCAGGGACCAACUUUUUACUUUUUUCCGAAAUAUUUACAAGUUCAUGACCAUCAAACACUACAGAAUUUGUGAUAUACAGGCAGUGAACCCCCACAGGAUGCCCAUUAGAUGAGUCCUAGAAUGCAACUCCUAGCUUCUCUUGAUGAACAACGAAGACCGACCAAGCAGACAGCACACAUUUUCGACUGUAGUAAGAAGCGCGACGCGAUGCAUGUAAAAUAGUCAAGCACUUGCUGUGACUGGGCGCGCGAUGCCUGGCAAUGUGAAAAAG